GACUAGCCAGCUAACGUUAGCCACUUUGGAGCGGCUGAAAUUAGUUCCGUGGUGGCGUUUUAUUGCUCUGCAAGUGUGAUAAAGUUGUUAUUUAUCUCCACUCUAGUCCUAUUUGGGUUUCCAGCCUCGUGUUGAUGGGCUAACUUUUCCACGGUGCUGGCUAACGGGCGGUCCGGUUAGCCCCGCAAGUUUAGCCCAAAACUGGUAGCCGAAUCUAGACACAGUUCACCUGAGUUUUCAGUCAUCACAGCAUCACAGAUCUGAUUUUUUUUCUCUUUGUUUUGGAUUGACUGAACAAGUGGGCGAAGGAAGAGGCUUUGGGACUCUGAGACACACAGAAAGCGGAUGAUAUAAGCAGCAACCCGAGGGCCUCCACCAGAGAAGGUUUGCUGGAAUGGGUAACCUGCUAAAAGUCCUAACAAGGGAAAUAGAGAACUAUCCACACUUUUUCCUGGACUUUGAAAAUGCUCAGCCGACAGAAGGAGAGCGUGAGGUGUGGAACCAGGUGAACUCCGUCCUGCAGGACUCUGAGAGCAUCCUGACGGGUCUGCAGGCGUACAAAGGAGCCGGCCAGGAGAUCAGAGACGCCAUUCAGAACCCCAACGACUUCAUGCUGCAGGAGCGAGCCUGGAACUCCGUCUGCCCGUUGGUCAUCAAGCUAAAGAAGUUCUACAGCUUCUCUCUGAGGCUAGAGGAGGCCCUGCAGAGUUUGUUGGAGUGCCUCACCUGUCCGCCUCUAACGCCCACCCAGCACCUGGAGAGAGAGCAGGCUUUGGCCAAACAGUUCGCUGAGAUCCUCCACUUCACUCUGCGCUUCGAUGAGCUGAAGAUGAGGAUUCCUGCCAUCCAGAACGACUUCAGCUACUACAGAAGGACCAUCAGUCGAAACCGGAUAAACAACAUGAAUCUGGACAUUGAGAAUGAAGUCAACAACGAGAUGGCCAAUAGGAUGUCUCUGUUCUACGCCGAGGCCACGCCCAUGCUGAAAACACUCAGCACCGCAACCACCAACUUUGUGACGGAGAACAAGACUCUUCCAUUGGAGAACACGACAGACUGUCUGAGCACCAUGGCCAGUGUCUGUAAGGUCAUGCUGGAGACACCUGAAUACUCGAGUCGUUUCAGCAGCGAUGACACGCUCUUGUUCUGUAUGAGGGUCAUGGUUGGAGUCAUCAUUCUUUACGACCACGUCCACCCCAACGGCGCCUUCAACAAGUCCUCCAAGAUAGACAUGAAAGGCUGCAUAAAAGUCCUGAAGGACCAGCCAGCAGACAACGUAGAAGGCCUCCUGAAUGCACUCAAAUUCACCACAAAACACCUGAAUGACGAAUCCACUCCGAAGAACAUCCGGACGAUGCUCCAGUAAUAUUUGUUCUCUUUUAUAUAAAUAUAUAUAAAUAGAUAUGAAGAGGAUCACUGUCCUGACCUCAAAGAAGAUGUAUAUGUUUACAUUAUUUAAAAAGACUCGAUGUUAAUACUUGUGUGUAUUUGCAUAGUCAUUCCCUCCAAGUUAUUGAAACCUGCAGAAUACGUACUCCUAAAAUCUGAAAGCAUCACAUGAAUUGCCUCUACUGUUAAAGCUGUCGAAGCACAAACCGUGGACACCUAUCAGCCUUACACACACACACACACACAUAUAUAUAUAUAUAUAUAUAUAUAUAUAUAUAUAUAUAUAUAUGUAGAACUGAGCUCUGCAAGCAGCAGAUGGAAAUAAAUGAACAAGGCAGCAUUAAAAUGUCCUUCAAUGAAUCUUUUCAAUCUUUUAGUUGACAAUGGAAUCAGUUUACUGUCUUUAAUAAAGUUCUUCUUGGUUUGUUUUUUAAAUUCUGGCGUAGAUUAUCACGUACAUCACGGGGACAGAUUGUAAAGGUGAACUGCAGUGAUCGUCCUGCAGAGAUGAGAUUUAAUGACAGCAGAGAAUCAGUCAGUGUUGCAUCAAUCUGAAGAUUUCUGUUGCAGUGAAGGGCAAAGUGUUGAAAGCAGAUAAGGGAUGGAUUGAUGUUUCUAAGAGCGUUUGGGUGUUUUCUCUUUUCCAGCUGCUUCUCAUAUCCAGAACGUUGAAUGCUGCCACUUUGGUGUCACAGAGAAACGCACAAGGAAUCCUUAUGAACACUUAGAAGCUCCCCAAAGAACUCAUCUCUGAGUAUAAAAGUACAUUUUUAGAUGUUUUUUACCCAUAAAAAUACUCCCAUCUGAGCCAAACUACGAUUCUGAAGGAAAAUAAUGAUGAAGCCUGUGAUGUGUCUUCUAGCACACAGAAAAGCAACAGAUGGACUUAAAUGUUACCAAACUGGAUGUUUUAAAGAGCUGCAGAAGAAGGUCUCAGGGGUGGAGGUGGCCUAAGUUUACCCAGGAGACUGAGUUUUGUUUUUCAUUUAGUUUUAUUGUAUUUCAUGAACCAGUCUGAACUGGUCUGAACCGGUCGGAGCUUUCAGUCGUAGCCCGAAGUAGUUUAAAUACAUCCACUGGACUUUAAGAAAGUUCCUUGAAGACGUGUCACCUCUCAAAACCCUCACCCUCAGGUCCUUUCAAAACUCCCCAGAACUACUCAGCAGACUCAUGCUAAUGACCACCAUUAGCACACGAGGGCUCAGUGACAUCUGUGCAUUUCAACAACCCCCCCCCGAUACUCAUGACCAUUGUUGUAGUCAGAUCAGUAUUGGUUGUUGGAAUAAUAGCCCUGGACACACCUCACAGAGGUUUAAAAGCUGAGGCAACACCAACCACCACCAGAACUGAAGAAGCCUCUUGGAUGAGAGGUGAAACGUCUUCAAGGAACUUUCUUAAAGUCCAGUGGAUUGAUUUAAACUACUUUGGAUAACCAUGACCUGGAUGAAUGAGAACCUACAGACAUUUCAGUCGUAGGGUUUCUUCAGAUUCCUGCCGCGUUUUUUGUCCAUCUUUGUGGUUUAGACGCCGUCAGAUCAGCAAAGCAGGUGACUUCAGACACUAAAAACCUCUUCAUGUUUCUGUAGAUUUGACUUCAUGUUGUUGUCGUCUUUGAGGUUUCGGUCCAAACAGGCUAAUUUCAGACGUCGUCUCGUCUUCGCAGCGACAUUUUCACAAUAAAAAUCUUUAGUAUCAUUUUCACUCAUUGUUUGCUGAAGUUUAGGCACAAAAGCUAACUUUAAAUUCGGAUAAACUUGAUGGUUUUGUUGAAACGCGCGCUUUUCACAAGAUUAAUCGUGUGUUACAGGAUUAAUCUUGUAAGGAGGGACACCUGUAGAGAACAUAUUGCUGCCUAACCUACUCAUGGUGUCUAUUUAUCUACCAGUUUUUAUGUCUUUUGUGUGGAAUAUCGAGGCUAAAGGCUUCCUCAUGCAUUCAAACGUGACGCAAAGUGGCAGCAAGUUAACGAGUUGGGAGUGAGAUCAGGCUCGUCUUUUUAUGGUCAGCUCUUGUUUUUUUCAUCAUAUUGUUUCUCAAACCUUGUGCUCCUGUUGAAAUAAAUCCACUGUGAACAGACAAAUGUGUAUCCAGCAUGCAGAGAAGGAGACAAUGAAUCACUGAAUCCAAUCGACCCACCAAAUGUUUAGCUGCAUCAGAAUAAUUGUGCGUUUUUGCCAUCUUUUGAGUGACUUUUUGAGUUUUGCUAUUAAACUCUUUCUUUAAAAGAAAGACCAAAAAUAUCUUAUGAAUAAAUUAUGUUGUUUUUUAGUUGAAGAUUUUUUAGAAAACAGUUUCCACUUUUUUAAGUAUUUGGACUGACUUUUGGAGGGAAAAUGUGAGCAGAUUAAUGUUUUCUGUGACUUUUUGAUCUUGUUUGAUGUGUUUGGAUUCAUCACAGUAAACUGACCGUUCUUCUGGAUCAUUUUAUGGCCUGACGGUUCAGACUAAUGUACAAAAUCUGCCUUAAAUCAAACUGUUGAAGUAGAAGGAACUGCAUCCUUCCUCAGUCCUACCUUCCUCAGCCUCGUUCUGCUGAGCAUCACUAAUAGUCAAACUCGGUCGGACAAUCUGUGAGUGUUCGCUUUAAGUUGUUUCGUUUUUACUGUCGUCUCUGAAGCCGAUGGAUGGGAUGGAGUGUGUUAAAGGAUGCAGUGAACGAGGAGAGCAGCUCCUAAGACGUUCUGUUUUCAUCUUUAAAUCAUUUUUACCAUCUAACAGUGACUGCAUCACAAUCAUCUGCCUGAUUCAAUCUGAAUUCCACCCCUGUGGUCUUAGAAUAAUAAAAAUGUCUGGGAUUUAGCACGACAUCGCCCCAAAGACUCAACGCAAGGAUCUAACCUGUGACACACACAAGCCAUAAACGGAACCGUAGCCACUCCUGUCCUUCGAUUAACCUCCAGUUUAAUAACAUUAAAUUAACAUGUCAUCAUUUCUGUUUGAUUCUCUUGUAUUUAGUAAUAUAUGCAUACGUGUGCGUGUGAGCCAUAUGUUUUAUAUGCAACGAUUUAAAAACUGUACAGACUCGAAGCCCAGUGUACGCAUGAUAACGAUGUUUCAUAUCCGACUGAAGUGGUUUUUAAAAACCUCCUGGUCUGUCAUGAUUGAUGUACACCAAGCUUCAUCUUUGCCCGAGAAUAUGCUACUGUGUGUUGAAUGCAAGAAGUUGUUUUUUUUAGAGGCGAAUCCAGUUUUUUUUUUUGUUGUUGUUGUCUUAAACUGACAGUUGGUGUUGGAUUUCAAACUCACUGUUGAUAUAAAUCUGCUUUGCUUUGUUCUUGCAUACUGAAUGGGAUGUGUGGAUUGGAUAUUAAAAGUGGUACAUUUCUUA